UGUAUCGUGCAGAAGAGAGACUCCAGGAAGAUGUACGCCAUGAAAUACAUGAACAAGCAGAAAUGCAUUGAAAGAGAUGAAGUCAGAAAUGUCCUGAGAGAGCUGCAGGUCAUGCAACAUCUCCAGCAUCCGUUCCUCGUCAACCUGUGGUUUCAGGACGAGGAGGAUCUGUUCACAGUGGUGGAUCUGCUGUUGGGUGGUGAUUUAGGCUUCCAUCUGCAGAAGAAGGUUGGCUUUAACGAGCAAACGGUCAAGCUGUACGUCUGUGAGCUUGUGUUAGCGCUCGAUUAUCUGCAGCGCUCGCACAUCAUCCACCGGUGA